AUGCGCUUCUCGCUUAACGAUACUCACAGUGUUAUUUCACAGAAUGAUGUCCCCCAGUCACCGCCCUUUCGGGGACUUUCGGGGAACAGGUCAGGCCGAUGGGAAAACGAAUCAAAAAGAGCAAAGAAAUUGGGUCAUCGGCGUGUCACCGAGCAGGGUACUGUCACCUAUAAGAAGACCCCAACCUCUGAGAUCCAGCGAGCCAUCCAGCUGGGCAUUCAACACAGUAUCAGCAUCCUUCAACAGAAACCCGUUCGUGAUGUCCUUUUCCGAGAUUUCGAGGUCGUUGAGACUGUUGACUUUCCCCGCUCCGGCAGCAAGACAACGCCGGCGCACAAUCUCAGCGACUUUCGUUUUCGAACAUUCGCGCCGGUCGCAUUCCGGUCUUUUCGGGACACUUUUGAACUCGACAUCCGCGACUACCUGAACUCCCUGUGUACACAAGAACUUCGGGAGCUUUCCAACCCUGGUGCAAGCGGAUCCAUCUUCUACAUCAGCACGGAUGACGAGUUUAUUUUGAAAACUGUCCAGCACAAGGAAGCGGACUUCCUGCAGAAACUUCUCCCCGAGUACUAUAUGAAUUUGGUCCAGCACACGCGUACCCUCUUACCCAAAUUCUAUGGCCUUCACUGUUAUCAGGUGGGCGAAUGGUUUCUUUCUUUAAAUAUUCUGUACAAUUCUCACAAAUUUGCUUGCAUUCCUUUACUUGCUACCAACACGCUCGCUGUUUGUUUGCCAACAUUCCUGUGA